CGAACUGUGGUUCACUCUUCGCUGUAGCUCUCCCAUACACACGCACUGAUGCACAGCUCUAUAAAUUGAGCUUGUCCCUAAGGAGAGGUCAGUUCGCUGGCUGAGAAAUAUCGAGCUAGCGCUCACGCACUCGGUCACAAGGAAAGGAGAGAGCACUAGCUCGCAAAUGGCGACGAACCCCGGCCUCUUCACCGAGUGGCCAUGGAAGAAGCUCGGCAGCUUCAAGUACCUUGUGCUGACGCCGUGGGUGGCGCACGGCGUCUACCUGGCGGCGACCAAGGGGUGGCGGGAGGCAGACCUGGGGUACCUGGCCAUCCUCCCGUCCCUCCUCCUCCGGAUGCUCCAUGACCAGGCCUGGAUCACCGUGUCGCGGCUCCAGAACGCGCGCAGCCGCCGGCAGAUCGUCGACCGUGGCAUCGAGUUCGAGCAGGUGGACCGGGAGCGGAACUGGGACGACCAGAUCCUCCUCAGCGGCGUCCUGCUGUACCUGGGCGCCCUGUACAUGCCGGGCGGGCAGCACCUGCCGCUGUGGCGCGCGGACGGCGCGGCGCUGAUCGCGCUGCUGCACGCCGGCCCCGUCGAGCUGCUCUAUUACUGGUUCCACCGCGCGCUGCACCACCACUUCCUCUACACCCGCUACCACUCCCACCACCACGCCUCCAUCGUCACCGAGCCCAUCACCUCCGUCAUCCAUCCGUUUGCAGAGCUCGUGGCUUACGAAGUGCUGUUCUCGAUCCCAUUAAUCACAUGCGCCUUGACUGGAACUGCUUCCAUCAUUGCAUUCGAGAUGUAUGUGAUCUACAUUGACUUCAUGAACAACAUGGGCCACUGCAACUUCGAAUUGGUGCCCAGCUGGCUGUUCAAAUGGUUCCCUCCUCUCAAGUAUCUCAUGUACACACCAUCGUUUCAUUCUCUUCACCACACUCAAUUCCGGACAAACUACUCUCUUUUCAUGCCAUUUUACGACUACAUAUAUAACACCAUGGACAAAUCAUCAGACACGCUGUAUGAGAAGUCACUCAAGGGCAAAGAGGAAGAAGUGGACGUGGUUCACCUUACCCAUCUUACCAGCCUGCAGUCCAUCUAUCAUAUGAGGCCCGGGUUUGCCGAAUAUGCUUCUAAGCCUUACGCUUCCAAGUGGUACAUGCGGAUGAUGUGGCCCGUGUCAUGGCUUUCCAUGGUUCUGACAUGGAUGUAUGGUUCGUCAUUCACUGUUGAGAGGAAUAUCAUGAAGAAACUCAGGAUGCAGUCAUGGGCCAUACCAAGAUACAGUUUCCAUUAUGGAUUGACUUGGGAGAAGGAAGCAAUCAAUAACCAGAUCGAAAAGGCGAUAUGUGAAGCUGACAAGAAAGGAGCCAAAGUUGUUAGCCUCGGACUCCUUAACCAGGCACAUAACCUCAAUGGAAGUGGAGAACUUUAUCUGCAGAAGUACCCAAAGUUGGGGGUAAAACUUGUCGAUGGCACCAGCUUAGCUGCUGCGGUGGUAGUGAAUAGUAUCCCCAAAGGCACAGAUCAAGUUGUUCUCGCAGGAAGUAUUUCAAAGGUGGCUCGUGCUGUUGUUGCAGAAUUGUGCAAGAAAAAUGUCAAGGUAGCAAUGACAAACAAGAAGGAUUAUCAUUUCCUUAAGUCCAACAUGCCAGAAGAUGCAGCUGAGAACCUUUUAUUUUCAAAAACCGCCAUUGCAAAGGUGUGGUUAAUUGGGGAAGGUCUAGAUACUUCUGAGCAGUUCAAGGCACAGAAAGGAACCCUGUUUAUCCCAUAUUCACAGUUGCCACCAAGAAUGGUGCGCAAGGACAGCUGCACUUACUCGACGACUCCUGCAAUGGCUGUGCCUAAAACGCUGCAGAAUGUGCACUCCUGCGAGAAUUGGUUACCAAGGAGGAUCAUGAGUGCAUGGCGCAUUGCUGGAAUGGUUCAUGCAUUAGAGGGAUGGAACGAGCACGAGUGCGGGGACAUCGUGCUAGACAUGGAGAAAGUAUGGUCUGCUGCAAUUCUGCAUGGUUUCUGCCCUGUUUCUCAAGUUUGAUUCUCCGGUUGCAAGUCAAUGCAAUAAGUUCUUGAAAUUCAUGUCAUAUGCUCACAAGAAUUAUGCUCCAGACAUAUUGUGAUGUUGAUGUUCUAUUUCUCCCCCUCUUCUUCUGUAUCUCUAAGACAGGCUUUCUACAAAGUUGAGAUGAACACCUUUGGUCUAAAACCAUGCUACCAAAGGGGGGAUAAGACUCUAUGGCUCUUGAUAAGCAGGGAUGUAGCAUAUAAUUAUUCUGAUCUGCGAUAGCUAGAUGUUUACUAUGUUAUUCACAGCAUAUGCUCAAAGAUCAUUGAUGACUUUAUGUGAUACAACAUGGAACA